AGAGCAACAAAUGGGGAGGGGAAAGUGUAAACCCAAGCCAGGCUGGUGGGCUGAAUGUGUCACCCAGAAUGGAAGAUAGUCGUACUACUAGUGGGAGUGACAAGGGCAAGUCAGAGAGCAUGUUGAAGCACUUGCUGUCCAAGUAAUGUGACCCCUGCCAGUAGUGUCAGGUCACCCAUGUGCUCAUCUGUACGCUCAUCUGUUUAUGGUCAUUCUAUCCCUUUUGACCUGCCUGCUACCAGUCAUUGCAAGUUGCAGGGUGUACCAUGGUAUUACUGUGGUUUCACAGAAUGUACACUCCACUGUCACGUUUAAAUUU